AGCUUGUGGAAUCGAAGCGGACGGACACAACAGACAGCCACUGGGUCUUGCGUCUCGUCUUUGUAUAAAUUUAAAGCGAAUUGCCACAACGAUUUUAGUUUUUCAUUUGAACCUCAAACGAUUUGAUGUUUUUCUGCGUGUUUUUUAUUUCGUAAUAAUUUUUUUAUUCGUCAUUUAGCGUUACCGCGCAAUUUAUUUACCUUCGAAUUUAUUUAUCUGUCUUAAAACAAAAAAAUCAAUUCAAAAAAAGUAUCUUAAGCACAAGCCGGUGUUGGUCGUGCAAAGAAUAAAGUGUUUUAUCUACUUCCAAGCAACUUCCUUUAAAAAAAAGUGUGAUAAAAGAUAAAAAACUUCAAAUUAAAAAAAAAAAAAUCAAAUAAAAAUAAAAAACAAGGAUCAUUAUCAUCAACAUGAAGCUCUUACUUGGAUUACUUGUAUCUUUGGCAAUAAGUUCGGCAUUUGCUCUUCCAGCACGCUCACCCAAGGAUGAAGUUGAUAUUGUUCAAGUGCCACAAGGACCACAACGAUCCCCUGACCGCGAAACCGACUCCAACAACGAUGAUACCGAUGUCGAUCCUGAUUACAAGAAUUUUAAGGGCUUUGUAGAUACUGGUGCUGGUUAUCCAUUCCUUGCUCCGUUGCCACGUCCGUUCAGUUUCAAUUUGGGAUUCUUUGAUUCGUUUGACGAUAUCUUCAGAGGACUCCGUAACCGAUUAUGGUCAGUGGAUUCUGAUUCAGAUGAGUCAAGCGAAGAAUCAGGUUUUGGUCUAGGAUCGAAUCCUAUUAACGAUACAACUUCAGUUGUUAAGGUUGUUGAUGGCCACAAAAUUGAAAUAAAUGAAACUGUCAUUGGCAAUGGCGAUGGUGCUGGUGGUGCCUUAUUCAAAUUUCGCAUUAUCAAUAUCCGCCCAUUGGAAUCUGGUGAAGAAGUUGCCGAAGGAACUGUUACAUCAGCACCAACAACUCCAUUGGAAAAUACCCCAACUACUGGAAGUGCACCUGCACGUGACAUUGAAGGAAAUUCCGAUGAAGUUAAAAAUUCCGAUGAAAAUGAAAUCAAUGCAAAUGUUGAUGAUCCGGAGGUAAAAAAAUCUAACAUCAACAUUACCACAGAAGCAAUUACCACAGAAAUGUUGGACACCGGGAUGCCAUCAUUGGACAACAAUGCCAUCGACACUGACAGCCCUGUCAAGCGUGAUGAACUUCAAGAGGACACCCCAUCUCCAACUACCACCGAAGGAUUGGAAGAUACCGAAGUUGUAGCCACCCUUAGCGAGGAUACUCCAAAUCUAGCUGGCAAUGCAAUAAAAAGCGAACAACUCUCAGAACCCGUGGAGGCGGAAAAUGUUAAUGAGAACGAAGACAUCAAGUCCUCCUCUACUGCUGCUGAAUCCUCGUCCUCCUCCGAAAAUGAUGGAGAAAAUGAUAGCGGCAAGGACGAUAGUAAUGGCGAAAUUAAUGAAUCAAUCGUCGUAAAUCAGAAUGCUGAGGAUGCUGUCGAAGAGCUCGAGGAGCUACUGGAAAAACGACAAGAACUACAAGAAGUCAUUGCCGAGAAACAGAUGCAAGCUUUAGUGGAUUCGGUUGGAGAGAAAUUAUCAAUGGCCGACGCGGACGAGGAGCGUUUUGCCGAUGAAGUUGAAAAGAUGGUAUCGACCGACGACAAUGCUGAUGAUGACGAUGUUAGGGACGAGGAGACCAUUGAAGAGGCAACACAAAAGCCAUACAAUCAAGAAUCCCAUUCAUUGCGCGAAGAUGUCUCAUCUUCAGAUGAUGAAGAUGACAACGAAGACGCCGCUGAUACCGAGGAGAAGGGUGGUGACACCCCCACUAAGAAUGAAGGACUCGAAUCUGAAUGGGGUGGCAUCGUUAGUUUGGAUGAUAAGAAUAUUUUGACAAACGAAAUCGAUAUGUACGAGAGUGUGCCGAUUGAUUUGUCAAAUGACAUUGCUAUAAAUGACAUAAUGGCUGAUCAGGCAGCACCAGUCAAUCCGGAUGCGGAGUUAUUUGAUGUGGAAGAAUUGACAUUGGGACAAGAUGAACCAAAAAGACUUGAAUUGUUGGCUGAUAUCAAGUAGAAAAGUUAUAUAUAUAG